AUGAUUAAUUUACAAACCUUAGAUUUUCAUUUAACUAAUUUUGAAGAAUCGAACAGAUGUUUUAACGAUGAUGAAAAAUUCGGGAUAUUAUAUGGAAUGACAGAAUUAGAAGAGCAUAUAAAUAAAGAGAUAUAUUUGUGGGGUAAAAUUGAAGGUAUAGAAUAUGAUUAUUAUAUUACAUAUUAUUUUAAUCAAGAGAAUUUUUUCCCAACAAAAAAAUUUUAUUAUUGUACUAAUGAUUAUGUGUUUCAUGAGAUGUUAAAAGGGAAUGAUGAUUUUAUAGAAAAUGUUGAGAGGAAAUUACCUUUUACAUUCUUCAGUGGUUAUCCUCAAAGGAUUUUUUAUUCUAAGGAUAAAACGAAAGGACAGAAAAAAAAGGUGACCGGAGGGGAUGAUAAUGAUGAUAGUGAUGAUGAUGAAGAUAGUGAAGAUAAUGAAGAUAAUGAAGAUAAUGACGAUAAUGAUGAUAAUGAAGAUAAUGAUGAUAAUGAUAAUAAUGAAGAUAAUGAUAAUAAUGAUGAUAAUGAUAAUAAUGAUGAUACCGAUAAUAAUGAUGAAAUACAAUCUGAUUCAUAUAACAGGAAAGGAAAAAAAAAAAAUGGUCACAGGAACAACCUUUAUAAUGACAAAAAUAUAGACAUGAAAAAAAAAAAAAAAUAUGAGAAACAAAAUAUUACAGAAUUAGAGAGAUUAUCAUAUACUGUACGAAAAAUAGACGAAGAAGCUUUUAUUAUACCUUACAAUUCCAUAAAAAUAACAAACAACUUAGAAAUGAAAUUUUGUCAUUUUACUGGGUUCAAUAUAUUAGAUGCAUUAAAAUUAACUUCAUGGGUUCAUUUCCGAUAUCCAAAAAAUUUAACAUAUGAUAAGAUUAAAAAUUAUAAUUCUUUUUUUCUAAAUAAUUUUUUAGAUUCUAUAAAAAGUGAUAUCCCUUCAGAUAUAUGGAAUAUAAAAAUAAAUAAACAAUUAAAUAAAAUUUCGAUAUUAAAUGCAUUAUAUCCAGGUUAUAUAUUUUAUCAUAUACUUAAUACACCAUUUUAUGCAUCUUUAUAUAUAGGUACAGGAGUAUCAAAUUAUGAUCUCCCAUUUUUACUACCAUAA